AUGUUAGCGCAACAACCUAGAACUUUCUUUACAUCUGCUGAUAGAUUUAAAAAGGUUGUUGGGGAUGUGAAGGAAAUGGGGUUUGACCCUUCAAAAUCAAGAUUUCUUUGGGCGAUUCAUGCUAUCAGGGCAAUGAGCAAAUCGACAUGGGAUAAGAAGGUGGAGCUUUAUAAGAAAUGGGGUUGGUCUGAAGAUGAGAUAUUUGUGGCUUUUGAGAAAUAUCCAGGGUGUAUGAUGGCUUCACCUGAUAAAAUUUCAAGAAUCUUGGAUUUUCUUGUUAAUACGAUGGGGUGGGAAAGAAGCUACAUUGUUCAAUGGCCAAUAGUUAUUUGUUUUAGCUCAGAGAAGAGGAUUAUUCCUAGGUGUUUGGUUUAUCAGUAUUUAGCAGAGAAAGGAUUGAUCGAGGAGAAAGAUGGUUUCUGCUUCAACAAGUGGUUGAUGUAUUCAGAAAGCAAGUUUCUCAAAUGGCUUGUGAAGAGGUAUGUAGAGGAAGCCCCAGAACUGUUGAAAUUGUAUCAGAAGCAUUUGGAUGAGGCAAAUUGA